CAUACGUGUUUCCGUCGCUAUAGUAACCAGACGAAGAUGAAUUUCAAAGCACGAUCUCUACCGGCUCUGACUAUAAUUUUAUUUAUAGCGCUCGGUUUUUGCGAGAGUUUCAAUUUGACUAUUCUUCAUACAAAUGAUGUUCAUUCUCAUUUCGUCCAAUUUAAUAAGCACGGUAACAGAUGCACUGAAAAACUCGCGAAGGAAAAUCAAUGCUACGGUGGUUUUGCACGUCAAGUAUCAAAGGCUAAAGAGAUCAAAUCCAAAGAACAGAAUGUGCUGUACCUGAAUGGAGGCGACUUCUAUCAAGGAACUGUCUGGUACACUCUGCAUCGAUGGCAUAUCGUUGCGGAAAUGGUGAAUCAACUCAUGAUCGAUGUCAUGUCCUUGGGAAAUCAUGAAUUUGAUGACAGCCUGAAAGGACUUUUCCCCUACUUGAAGAACCUGAAACCAACAGUGGUCGUGUGUAAUAUAAAUUCAACGAAAGUUCCAGAAUUUGGAGAACUCGUGAAGCCAUCCACAGUUGUUGAAGUUGGUGGCGAGAAGAUAGGCAUCAUAGGUUACCUCACUCCAGAGACAAAAUUCUUAUCCUCUGUUGCUGGUUUGGAGUUUGAGGAUGAAGUGGAGUGUAUCAAAAGAGAGGCUGAGAGGUUGACCAAGGAAGAAGGUUUAACGAAAAUCAUAGCUGUCGGGCAUUCCGGAUUUGCUGUCGAUCAAAAUAUUGCUAAAAAUGUGCCUGAAGUUGACGUUGUGGUAGGAGGACAUACAAACACUUUCCUUUACACAGGCGAUCCUCCUUCGGUUGAAAUACCACAAGGACCCUAUCCAGUAAUUGUGGAGAGGGAAGACGGCUCACGUGCACUUGUGGUGCAAGAUUUCGCUUUCGGAAAGUAUCUGGGCUACCUCCAAGUCCUAUUCGAUGAUGAAGGGAAAGUUGUGGACUGGAGUGGGAAUCCGAUAUUACUGGAUGCUUCCACACCAGAAGAUCAGGAGACCCUUGAACUGCUGCAACCAUAUGCCGAGGAUGUGAAGCGCCGUUCGAGACAGACAGUGGGCCAAACAAACGUCUUGCUACGUGGUGAGCGUCUAAUAUGUCGCAUGCGGGAGUGCAAUCUGGGAAACUUUUUGGCGGACGCAUCUCUCAGCAAUUUCAUUGAAAAACCCACAGAAGAAGGCUGGAAUUUCGUUGCUGUCGCUCUUUGGAAUUCUGGUGGAAUACGAGCAUCCAUCGAUGAAAGAAUAAAUGAAGGUAAUAUUACACUGGAAGAUAUACUAGCUGUGGCACCUUUCGGCAACACCAUGGAUGUCGUAGCACUGAAAGGAAAGCAUUUGAGGGAUGUCUUAGAAUAUGCUGUCAAAGACUACGAUUUGGAUGCUUAUGAUCCUCCCGGAAGUCUUUUGCAAGUGUCAGGUCUUCGUUUGACGUAUAAUGUAUCUGAGCCAGUUGGUUCCAGAUUGCGUGAGGUAUAUGUACGAUGUGCCAAUUGCAGGGUACCAAAAUUUCAGCCAUUGGACGAUGAAAGCGUGUACAGCGUUGUUAUGAACACUUACAUGGCAAAAGGUGGUGAUGGAUUCGACCUCAUACAAAAGAAUGCUCUCAGUAACAGGAACACAGAUGAUUUGGAUGUGGACAUCAUUACAAAAUACACCGGCAAAUUUUCACCUGUUAUAACAGGACUAGAAGGGAGAAUAACAAUUUUAUCUUCGAGAGAUCCCACGGGAGGGAAGACGGAAACAGAACGUUCUGAUACGGCAGGAAUGUACGAUGAUUCGAUUUUGUCGACAAUGGAGACAUUUGAGCAGAACUCCACAACGUUUGAAGAAGAAAUUUCUCUUGGGCAAGAAUACGUUGAGGAAACAAUAGUUUCCACUAUUAAAACUGACGAUAUCCUUUCAACUCUUGAUUCUGAGUUAGCUUCAUCAAUUUUAAUUAAAGAAAUUAACUCCUUAACGGCUGCUAGCUUUGAAGAAGAAAUUGCUGCUGGCUUAGAAUAUGUUGGGGAAAGAAUAGCUUCCGAUGUAGAAGAUAUCGGUGAAAAAUUUACUUCAGGCGUGCCAAAAAUCUUCGGAAGAAGAAGAAGAUGAUUUUUGCCGCCUGUUUAUUACUCUCCUACUGCAUUUAUGUUCACGUAUAUAUACUAGUAAGAGAUAUAUGUAAAGUAUGUCACAUUGAAACAAUCUGCUAAAAACUUUAUAUAUUUUUAGCUUUUGAGAUAAAAUAAUAAAACACAUUCUUUAUAGCAUA